AUCUGUGUGAGUAACGGCGACAUUCAGUUCUACCGUUCCUCAGGAAAAAAAACUUUCCUUUAAACCAUGAUGGGGGAGCAAGGAUGUUUAGACCCUCAAAUGCAGCCUGCAAGACUGGUCUAUAAUUCAGAUAAACAUCCUCGACAGACCCUUGAAGCAACCAACAACUUACGAAAACACAGGGAACUUUGCGAUGUUGUCAUUAUUGUUGGACAGAAACGGAUAUACGCACACAGGGUUAUAUUGUCAGCAUGUAGUCUGUACUUCCAUGCCAUGUUUACUGGUGAACUUGCAGAGAGUAGACAAACUGAAGUGACAAUAAGAGACAUUGAUGAGAAUGCCAUGGAAUUGUUAAUAGACUUUGCAUACACAUCCUCCAUCACAGUCGAGGAAGGCAAUGUUCAGACACUCUUACCAGCAGCUUGUUUAUUACAGCUACAGGAAAUACAAGAUGCUUGUUGUGAAUUUCUGAAAAGACAAUUAGAUCCUUCCAAUUGUUUAGGAAUACGUGCAUUUGCCGAUACCCACGCGUGCCGAGAUUUGCUGAGAAUUGCUGAUAAAUUUACACAACAUAAUUUUCAAGAGGUAAUGGAAAGUGAGGAAUUCAUGCUGCUUCCUGUCAAUCAACUCAUAGAAAUCAUUGGCAGUGAUGAAUUGAACGUCCGAACUGAAGAACAAGUGUAUAGUGCUGUAAUGGCAUGGGUCAAGUACAUUAUAGGAGACAGGCGAUGUUUGUUACCACAGGUCCUUGAACAUGUUCGACUGCCGCUACUAAAUCCUAAAUUUCUAGUUGGUACAGUUGGUUCGGAUCUACUCAUAAAGAGUGAUGAAUCAUGCCGAGAUCUUGUUGAUGAAGCCAAGAACUAUUUACUAUUACCCCAAGAAAGACCGUUGAUGCAAGGACCAAGAACACGACCCAGGAAACCUAUCAGAUGCGGUGAAGUUUUAUUUGCUGUUGGGGGUUGGUGCAGUGGUGAUGCUAUCUCCAGCGUUGAAAGAUUUGACCCGCAAACGCAUGAAUGGCGGAUGGUUGCACCCAUGAGUAAACGACGUUGUGGCGUGGGUGUUGCCGUUGUUGAUGAUCUCUUAUAUGCUGUCGGCGGACAUGAUGGUUCAUCAUAUCUCAACAGUAUUGAGAGAUAUGACCCACAGACAAACCAGUGGAGUAGUGAUGUAGCUCCCACCAGUACUUGUAGAACCAGUGUAGGUGUGGCGGUGUUAGACAAUUACAUGUAUGCAGUUGGAGGACAAGAUGGUGUAUCAUGUCUUAAUAUUGUUGAAAG